AUGGACCCUGUCCAGAAGGCUGUGAUGACGCACACCUUUGGGCCACCUAUGGUGAAGACAAAACGGCCAAUCAUCUCCUGCAACGUCUGUCAAAUACGCUUCAACUCAGAGAGCCAGGCAGAGGCCCACUACAAGGGCAACCGCCACGCUCGAAGGGUGAAGGGGAUCGAGACAUCUAAGACAGCUCGCCUCCAAGAUGGCGACAAGCAGCACCCUCCCCCUACUGCUUCGCCCUCCCCACCAGGCCCCUCGCCAUCCAGCCCUGAGCCUGAUCCUAAUAAGCAGGGUGACUCGCCUUUGCCAUCCUCCCCCACAGCAGCCCUAAGUACACCCCCUGCAGAUCCAGCAGUGGCUGGUCUUCCUGACACCCCGUCCCCAGCACCCAGCCCGUCCUCAGGAGAGUCAGAGGAAGAGAAAGCCAAGAAGCUUCUCUACUGCUCCCUGUGCAAAGUAGCUGUUAAUUCCCUCUCACAACUGGAGGCACAUAACAAAGGUACCAAGCACAAAACCAUUCUGGAAGCUCGGAGCGGACUGGGACCUAUUAAGGCGUACCCACGCUUGGGUCCUAAACCCAGCCCAGAGCAGGGAGGGGAGCUGUCCUCUGACCCCAACACUCAGGAACGCACCUUCCACUGUGAGAUCUGCAACGUCAGAGUCAACUCUGAGCUGCAGCUCAAACAGCAUAUAUCUAGCCGGAGGCAUCGUGAUGGAGUUGCAGGGAAACCCAAUCCUCUUCUCAGUCGGCACAAGAAGCUUCAGUGUCUCAUUUUCUUAUAAUCUUCCUUGACUUUCUCAAAGGAACUUCCAAAAACUCUGGGGGCUGGACUUUUACCAAAUCCUCUGGCUGUUGCUGCAGCGAUGGCAGCCGCAGCAUCCUCGAAUCAGCUGGCACUACGCCCUCCAGGCCCGACCUCCCACCCUCACCCUCAUCACCACCUCCUACAGGGAACACCCCUCAGCCUGCUGAGGCCUGCCCCAGGGCCCAUCCGCACCACGCACGGGCCAAUCCUCUUCACUCCUUACUGA